AUGACUGAAGUAAAAGCACGUUUUAAUGAAAAAGUAUCAGAAUUAAAUGCUUAUAAUACAAUACGUGAUGAAUAUGAAAAUCUUAUGGAAAAUACAUUAAAAAUAAUUCAAAUAAUUGAAACUAAAACACAACAAUCAUAUAGUAUUGAUCUUCGACAAAAUUUAGAUUUAUUAAAAGAUUUAACAAAUGAAAUGCAAACACAUCGUUCAUUAAUCGAUCGUUUACAAUUACUUUCAUCAACAUUAUCAUCACAAUUAAUUGAUAAAAAUGAACGUGAACGUGUAAGACGUCGUCUUAAUGAAAUAAUACGUCGAUGGACACAACUUGAACAAGAUUUAAUGAGUGAAGAAGAAAAUAUGGAAGAAAUGAAAAAUCUUACAGAAUUAUAUCAUUAUAUUAAUAUAAAUUGUGAACAAUGGUUAAAACAAACACGAAUAUUAAUUAAUGAUUUAACUAAUAGAAGAAAUGUUGAAACAUUUGAUCAACUUAUUCCAAAAGGAAAAAAUACUUUAUUUGAAUAUCAAACUUCUUUAGAACAUUUACAACGAUUAAGAAAUAGACUUAAUCGAUUAGUUCAAACAAAUCGAACACCAGAAGCUUCACAAAAACUUAAUGAAGUUGAUCGACUUUUAAAUGAAAUGACAACUUAUCGUGAAAAUCUUGAACAACGUUUAGAUUUAAGUCAAAAAAUGCAUUUUCAAUUAAAUGAAUUUAAUAAACAAUAUUUAUUUUAUGAACAAUGGCUUGAAAAUAUUCAACGAACACAUGAUACAAUCUCUGAACAAACAUUAAUAACUGAUGAAAAAUUACAACGUUAUCAUGAUAUACAAAUUGAAUUAGAUAAACGAAAACAAAUUAUAAAUGCACUAAUACAUGAUUAUCCACAAAUUGUUCAAUUUAUAUCAAUACCAAUACAACAAUUAAUUGGAAAUAUUGAACGAAUAAAAACAAAUGUAACUCGAAAACAAGAAGAAUAUGAAAAUCAAAAUCAACAACAAAAAGAUUAUCGUAGUCGUAUUGAAUUCUUAUUUGAAUGGCUUAAACAAACACAUAAAUAUGAACCAUUAAGUGAUAAACGUGAUUUAGAUUCACUUCAAUGA